CUGAUUUCUCUGCGAAUGAGAGAGGAACAGACGAGAUGCCAAAAACUCCAGCAAGAAGCAUUAUUGGGACCUUCGGAAAAGUCACGUUUUGAAUAACGGAGAGAAAGGGAGAAGACUUGAAGCUUACGAGGAGGCAUCAGAAGCGGCGUACUUUUUCUUCAUGAACUUUCAUGAGCGCUGUGACCAUGCAGCCUGAGAGCUAGUGCACGAUUAUUGUUUCCACUUAUCGCCCAACUGAGUGAUCAGUUUGAAAGAGGAAGCGAAUAAAAAGGGAAAGGAAGACUAAUAAAGACAGUUGUCUUUGAAAGUAAUGGUCCGAACAUAUUACUUAUAGAACAGGAUUUUUUUCCCUUUUGCGUUGCUCUUCUCAACGUUUUUGGAAUCGCUGGGACAUUUCAACAAAGCUGGAAGCGACAGAUCCACAUGGUCCAGUCCGUAGAGUGAAAGUAGAGUUUUUCAGAAAAUCCUAACAGGGAAGAAAGUGAAAUGGGUUUGGAACAACAUAAAGGUGCCACGUGAUGAUGGUAGAAUCAGCAACUGAGACCAUUCGAACAACACCCUCCAAUCAAAAUGGAGUCAGCAGCCUAAGCAGCCAGUCAGACGGCGGAGGAAGAGAGGGCGGGUCCAAUGGCGACACCAAUGGGGAGAUUAGCCCAGUGGAAUUACUGCACCUUCAACAGCAGCAGGCCCUCCAGGCAGCACGCCAGUUCAUCCUCCAGCAAGCCACUGGACUAAACUCCCCUAGCAGCAACGAGGUCAAACAAAGCCCUGUACAGGUGCCAGUAUCCAUGGCGAUGAUGACCCCACAGAUGAUAACUCCUCAGCAGAUGCAGCAAAUCCUCUCUCCGCCUCAACUCCAAGCUUUACUCCAACAGCAACAAGCCCUUAUGCUGCAACAGCUGCAAGAGUACUACAAGAAGCAACAGGAGCAGUUGCACCUCCAGCUCUUAACCCAGCAGCAGCAGCAGCAAGCAGGGAAGCAGGCCAAAGAGCAGCAACAGUUGGGGAAUAAACAGCUGGCUUUCCAGCAGCAGUUGAUCCAAAUGCAACAACUACAACAGCAACACAUUCUGAAUCUACAAAGACAGGGCCUGGUGAACCUACAGCCUGGCCAAGGAGCAGUACCCAUUCAGAGCCUGCAGCAAGCCAUGUGUCCCACUGACCUGCAGCAGUUAUGGAAGGAUGUGGCUGGUGUUCAGAGCACAGAGGAGGCCAUAAAACACGAGGGUCUCGAUUUGACCACCAACAGCUCCAACUCUACCUCAUACUCGGCCUCCAAGGCCUCACCUCAGAUCCUUCAUCAUUCUUUGCCAAAUGGACACAACUCUGUGCACACUCCAAAGAGAGACAGAGCAAGACUCUUCGAGUGGAUCUCAUCCUUCACCAAGGAAUCCAGCGAUGAGCAUCUCACACCUUACUCAAAAGGCCCUCACCUGCAGAGCACCCAUUCUACCCAUGAGGAACACACAGCCUCCCACCCGCUCUACGGACAUGGCGAGUGCAAGUGGCCCGGCUGCGAAGCGCUCUGCGAGGACAUGGGCCAGUUCAUCAAGCACCUGAAUAGUGAGCACGCCCUGGAUGAUCGCAGUACGGCCCAGUGCAGGGUUCAGAUGCAGGUCGUUCAACAGUUGGAGAUACAGCUGGCCAAAGAGAGCGAGCGUCUGCAGGCCAUGAUGGCCCACCUGCACAUGCGUCCAUCAGAGCCAAAGCCUUUCAACCAACCUCUGAACCUGGCCUCCAGUGUGUCCCUAUCAAAAAGAGAAAGCGAGGGGUUUCCUGAGGGCUUGCCCCACCCCCCUACUUCUGCCGCCACCCCCAUCACCCCCAUGAGACAGGGACCCUCCGUCAUCAGCUCCUCCAGCCUGCAUGGAGUCGGACCCAUCCGCAGGCGCAACUCCGACAAGUUCUGCACCCCUAUCGCAUCGGAACUGGCACAGAAUUGUGAAUUCUACAAAAACGCUGAUGUCAGGCCUCCAUUCACCUAUGCCUCCCUCAUACGUCACGCCAUUCUGGAAGCCCCUGACCGACAGCUGACUCUAAACGAGAUCUAUAACUGGUUUACACGAAUGUUCGCCUAUUUCAGGAGAAACACAGCAACAUGGAAGAAUGCUGUGCGCCAUAACCUGAGUCUGCACAAGUGCUUUGUGCGGGUGGAGAAUGUCAAGGGUGCAGUUUGGACCGUGGACGAAUUGGAAUACCAAAAGAGGAGACCACCAAAGAUGACCGGAAGUCCAACUCUUGUGAAGAAUAUGAUUUCUGGACUGGGAUUUGGCUCCCUGAAUGCCAGCUAUCAGGCUGCACUUGCGGAGAGCAGUCUUGGUCUUCUGAACAGUCCCUCUCUGAUGAGCAACAGCACAUGUGCGAGCCUCAACAUGCUGCAUGUCGGCCACGAUGAUGUCAGCAGCACAGUUGAACAGGUCAACAGUAACGGCAGCUGCAGCCCUGGCCUCUCUCCACAGCAGUAUGGACAUCAGGUCCAUGUGAAAGAGGAGCCAGCUGAGAUGGAGGAGGACAACAGACCAGUGUCCCUCAUGGCGUCUGUCACUCAAAACCUGGGCAUGCCCUGUGACGAGCGUGACAUGGACGAGGAGCUUCCCACAGAGGAGCUGGAGUAAGAGGAAGAAAAAUGGUGGAGCUCACUGGCACAGCCCCUCCCUCAUAUUCAAAGUGUUCAAGUGAGAAAAACAAAGAUAAUAAAACAACUACAACUUUAAAAACCAAAACAGGGUUAGACCUCAUCAGUGCAUAAUGCAAAAACACACAACAUGCUUUUUCCCCCUUCAUUUUUAUGCUUCCCAAGUCAGUUCCCUCAAAAAUGCCCUUUGAUGCUCAGAGUAAGUCUGAUAGAAGUAUGGACUACAAUAUCUAAAGCUACCGAGGGAAACCUGACAAAUUACAACUUAAGCAUUUUUUUUUUUUUUUUUUUUUUCAGAAGUCACCUGAGAAUUCUCUAUUUGAAGUCUUUUUAGCUUUAAUUUUGAUGUUUUUUGCACCUGAGAACACUGCUUUUCUAUGGGAUAAACACACAGCGGUGAUUUACCUCAGAAAGAAGUUCAUAUGUCUGAAAAAAGAGGAAAAAGAUGACAAACACAUCUUUAGAAUGACUUAAGCUUUCAGAUUUUUGUAUUCAUUCAAGGGGAUGCUGCAAGACUAAGUAACUUUGCGAUAACAAAGAUACAAGUUCACCACUUUUGACAAAAUCAAAGACUGAAACACAACAAGCUGAAAGACUGGCAAAGGCGUCCCUGGCCAGCUGACCAACUUUGACUCAUCCCCCCCUCCCACCCCCCAUCCCCAUCCAUGACUGGACUAGAUAAACCGGGGAAAGCGUUCUGUCUUGGGGCAGUGUUAACCUCUCUGAUCAGACAGUGACUGCCUGCGCUGUACUUAUCGUUAUCUGAUGGUAUCGUUAUCUGUUCUUUUGUCAAACUCAAAGUAGUAAUGUUGCUACCCCCAAAAAAAGGCAUAUUUCAGGAAAAGGAACGUUGCUGUUGUUCUCCUGUGGUGCUGUUAUGACAGCCAGACUGAUUAUGAGGCAUGUGGAGGACCGGCUCAGAGACUUUUAAUGACUGUAUUGUUGAUUAUAAUAUGUGUGCAGUAGCUUUCGAUUUCUCUUUCAAUUUUGUUUUACUUUCAUAGUCAUUUAUUUCUAAAGGAUCAAUGUUUUUCAUUGUGAUGUAAUUCAGCUAUUAUGUGUCUUCUGUUAUUGCUUGUUUUUAUUUUUUUACAUUCUCAUCAUUCCAGAAAGGGGUUACAUUUGGGAGAGAAGUUCCAAAAUCCUUAAACUAAAAACUCCACCACAACAAUACUUCAAAACUUAUCACAGGUAGUUGAGGAUAGCACUUACCGUUAAGUGAUAGAUACCGAAACAAACAGCAAACUAAACCACAGAUUAAAUCUAACUUUAAAAAUCAAGGUGACAAACCACUUAAACAUUUCUAAAGCGGAAGGAAGCUAAAACUAAAGAGACAGAGGUUGAAUACACAGUGCAGAGCUCCCUGUAAGAUCCUGGAAAAAACUUUA